AUGGGGACCAUCCCGCUUUUCCUUGCAUUCCCAUCUCCAGCCUUGCAGCUCGAAGACACCAGCCGUGACAUUUCACUGACAUUGCCAAUUGUCGCCAACACUGUUGUCACAAUGGCGGCCCCCAACGAUCAGUUCUACCUCCGCUACUACUCCGGUCACUCUGGGCGAUUCGGACACGAGUUCUUGGAGUUCGACUUCCGCGUCGUUGGCGAUGGACGUAGCGCAGUCGCGCGUUAUGCGAACAACUCCAACUACCGAAAUGACAGUCUGAUCCGCAAAGAGAUGUGCGUCAGCGCUCUCAUUGUCGACGAGAUCAAGCGCAUCAUCAAGACGAGCGAGAUUCUGAAGGAAGAUGACUCGAAGUGGCCACAAAAGAACAAGGACGGACGUCAGGAGUUGGAAAUUCGGCUGGGCAACGACCACAUCUCCUUUGAGACGGCCAAGAUCGGCUCACUGGUUGACGUGACAGAGUCUGCCGACCCUGAAGGCCUGCGCGUCUUCUACUACUUGGUGCAGGAUCUGAAGGCGCUGGUGUUCAGCUUGAUCGCGCUGCACUUCAAGAUUAAGCCCAUCUAG